GCAAAGGCCGAAGGAUGUCCUCCUACGCCGCCGACGGCGAGCCCGUCGGCAAGAAGACGAAGACGUCGGGCGGCGGCGUCCUCGACCCGGCGCUCUUCGGCGACGCGCGCUGCGCGGCGCUGCGGCGGACCUACGAGGCCGCGACGCCCUUCCCCCACGUCGUCGUCGAGAACCUCGGCCUCGAGGCGCCCAUGGAGCGCGCGCGCCUCGAGGCCAUCGGCGAGCUCAAGGCGGACUACAAGGAGACGGACCUCUUCAAGGUCUACCAGGUGCCCCAGGACCUGGGCACCAUCGAGCGGACCGCGCCGGAGCUCGCGGCGAAAGCGCCCGCGCUGCUCCGGCUCCGCGACGCGCUCUACUCCGCGGAGACGAAGCGCCUCGUCGAGCGCGUCACGGGCUGCGGCCCCAUCGGCGACGCCGUCGACUGCAGCGCCAACGUCUACGCGCGCGGGGGCCACCUGCUCUGCCACGACGACGUCAUCGGCGACCGCCUCGUGUCCUACGUGCUCUACCUCACGGAGCCCGAGGGCUGGAGCGCGGACGACGGCGGGAGCUUCGAGUUCUACGCCCUCGGCGCCGACGGCGAGCCCGAGGCGGCGCCCUGCGCCCGCGUCGCGCCCGCGUGGAAUUCGCUCAUGCUCUUCCGCGUCGAGCCGUCGGCGUCGUUCCACAGCGUCCAGGAGGUCUACGGCGACAAGCCGCGCCUCACGAUCAGCGGCUGGUACCACGCGCGCGACGGCCGCGACGGCGCCGCGAGCCGCGCGUCCCUCGCGGAGCUCACGCGGCCCGCGGCGCCGCGGACGUUCGCGCGCUUCGCCGGCGACGACGACGGCGACGACGACGCGCUGAGCGACGCGGACCUCGACGCGCUGCGGGCCUGGUUGGGAGGCUUCGUGCGGGAGGACGUCGCCGCGGCGCUCGCGGCGGCGGGCGCGGUCGCCGACGCCGCGGACGGCUUCGACGGCCGGGGCCCCCAGCCCGACGACGCCGCGGGCGUCGGCGGCGGCUGGGCGCUCCGCGGGCCGCCGCACAAGCGGCGCCACCUCGAGCUCGCGGGCGCGGGCGCCGACGGCUCGCCCGCGGCGCUGCUGGCGCGCGUGCGCGCCGACGCGUCGGGCGCGCCCUUCCGGCGCCUCGUCCGCGAGCUCGUCGGCGUGCGGCCCGUGGGCCAGGACGUCGCGGCGCGCCGGUUCCGGCCCGGGUGCGACUACACCGUCGCGCACGGGGCCACGGGCUGCGACGAGCCGCGCCUCGACCUCACGUUCUGCUUCCUGAGCCACGCCGACCCGGCGGCCUUCGACGCCGACGUCUGGGCCUGCGGCGACUACGGGGGCUUCGAGACGUACGUCGAGGCCGACGGCGGCGGCGACCGCGCGGACGUCUACGAGGGCGACGCGGGCGAGGGCCGCGACGACGGCGGCGACCUCCUCAGCGUCGAGGCGGCGCACAACACGCUCUCCGUCGUCCUCCGCGACCCGGGCACGCUCCGCUUCGUCAAGUACCUCUCCGUGGAGGCGCCGGGCUCGCGCUGGGACCUCGAGAUGGUCUGCGAGCUCCACCCGGACGACCACCCGGACCCGGACGCGGGCGACGACGAGAGCGAGGACGACUCCGUAUAUCGGGGACGGGGUCUUACAUUCGGGGUGGCGGCGCGUCCUCACAUGACGCGCUGGCUCUCGCCGGCGCCGACCGUGAUGUACUCGAGCGUGAGGCCGUUGUCGUCCAAUUUGCGGAUCGACGACGGCUGCGGCGAGAACGUCGGCUUCGAGGUCGUCGGCUUCGAGGACGGAGAGUGCGUUGGUUGGUCGGCACCCAUCGUCAUCCAGGACGACGACGAAGCGAACCAGCCAGCGAAGCGCGCCGCGGAGGUCAUCGUCAUCGACGACGCCGACGACGACCCGGCGGCCAAGCGGCGGCGCACGGCGGACGACGACGACGCCUCGCUGGCGCUCGCGCGCGAGCUCCAGUCGCAGGACGACGCGCGCGCGCGCGAGCCGCUGCCGGCCCGCGGAGGCGCGGCGUGCGCCGUCUGCCUCUGCGACGUGCUGAUCGAUUUGUGUCAAGCCAUGGCCAAGGACAAGGCGUCGACGCGCAAGCCCCGCCGGCGCAACGCCCGGGCGCGCGACGACGGCGGCACGCGGCGCGCGACGGAAGCGACGCCGCCCGUCCGGGCGUCGAAGCGACUGUCCGUGCAGGUGUCCGCGGCCGCGUCCGCGUUCCUCGUGAACUUCCGCGUCCGCAUGGACGCGAUCGCGUCGAUCUUCGUCAACUACCACGAGGAGCGCCAGGAGUUCGUCGCGAAGACCGAGGCCGCGGACCUCAUCGAGCAGAACGUCGCCGAGAUGAUGGGGGUCGUGUACCGCGGCGCGUCCCCGCGCAUGCUCGACUCGACCGCGGACGUGCUCGCGGCGGCCGUGCUCCGCGACCGCUCGGCGUCUCGACGGUCCCGCGCGCGCGUGCUCCGGGGCGGGGGCGGGGUCUGGCGCGCGCGCGCGCGCGCGAGCGACUGCACGGACACGUCCUUCGCCCCCGCAGGCACGGAGUGGAAGGACGACGCGUCCGCGGAGGACGAGGGCCGGUCGCGCAAGCACCUGUCGGCGCGCGGCGCCGCGACGCCCCCCGACGGCUUCGGGGCCACGUCCAUCCCCCGCAGGUCGCGGCUCGCGCGGCGCGUCGCGUCCUUCCACUGGGGCAACCUGCCCUUGCUGAUCCAGUUCGUCGUGCUCCCGCGCAAGAUGGGCACGGGCCGCGACUCGCUCGAGUCGGACGAGAACGUCGUCACGUGCUUCAUCGACGCCGCGGCGACGCUCAAGCGCGCGCGCAAGCAGGGCCUGCUCCGGCCCGUCGCCCCGCGUCCUUUGAACGCGCGCGUCGCGCGUCGACGUCGUCGCUUCCGAACGACUUCGAUCGCCGUCGCGCGCGCGGGGCCCCCCGUCACGGGCCGCUCGAGCUUCCGCGACCCGUCCGGGUCCAUCCCCGAUGACCUCGACCCCGUCGCCCGCAGGCUCCAGUUCGACUUCGUCCUCAUGCUCUGCCGCCGGCUCGGCGUGAAGGACGUCUUCCUCUUCGCGACGGAGGCCGGCGCCCCGGCCUGGCUCACCCUCGGCUUCGAGCACGUCGGCAGCUCGGCGUCGCUGAUCCACCUGCGCUUCGACCUGCUCUUCAAGCGCGACCGCGGCGUCCUCGCGCGCUCCGCCCGCGGUCCCGAGACGUCCGCCGUCCAGGAGCGCGUCGCGGAGUACGGCGAGAAGCAGGUCGUGCGCCUCGCCAAGGAGGCCGCGAACGCCGCGGCCGAGGCCGAGGCCGAGAACGACGACGACGUCCCGGCCGCGGCCGCGGACGUGCCGGAGCACGACCUGCUCGCGGCGCCGUCGCCGCCGCGCGCCUCGUCGCCCCCGGCGCCGCCGGCGGCGCCGUCGCCGUCGGCGCUCGCGGACGCGUCGUCGUCGCCGCCGCGCGAGGCGGCCGCCGCGCCGACGUCGCCCGAGGCCGCGGAGCCCCUCGAGGCCGCGCCGCCGGCGCCGGCGCCGCGCCGCUGCGCCGCCGCGUCCAAGAAGCGCGUCGUCGACGACGCCGACGCGGACGACGAGGACGAGGCCUGGGAGCCGGGCCGGCCGUCGAUGAUGGACCUCGACGACGACGAGCAGGAGCAGGCCGCGAAGGCCAAGCGCAAGCUCAAGCGGCGGCGCCUCCAGCGCCUCUUCCCGAACCUCGACUUCCGCCUCUCCUGGUCCGUGCGCUUCAACGUCGUCGUCCAGACCAUCGACGCGAUCGCGCUCGACUCGAACCUCGAGCUCACGCGCGUCGACAUGGAGGUCCGCCGCUCCACGGUCGGCGUCUACGAGGACUCGCUCGCCUGCCAGCUCCUGGGCCAGACCUACUACGUCCACCCGGACAAGACGAUCAAGAUCACGGUCGACCUCGUCGUCACGAGCGAGGUCAUCGGCGCGUUCCCGCGCACGGCCCCGGGCCGCGCCGAGGUCCAGAUCAAGGAGCUGGGCUUCCACUUCAUCGACCCGCUCGCGCCCAUCGCGGAGAAGGAGAUCGUGCCGCGCGUCCGCGUCUUCAUCCCGUACCUCGGCAUCGAGGGCUGGAUCAGCAUCACGUUGGACGACGGCCACCUCAUCGUCGAGCUCAAGUACCUCCAGGCCAUGCACGUCAAGAACCGCAUGCUCAAGAAGUGCUGCUACACGCUCUACCUCCUCGAGCUCGCGGACAGGCUCCGGGCCGAGUCCUCCCGCGAGACCCUCAAGACGGCGCGCAAGAACGUCGUCGAGGCCGAGGGCGAGUACCAGCUCGCGCUGUCGAACUACCGCCAGAUGGAGCUCUGGUGCUUCUUCAAGCUCGACAUGGCCCUGCUCGCGCGCCCGACGCUCGCGGGCGUCAUCCGCAAGUUCGCGAACGCGAUCGCGCGCAAGGCCGCCGAGGCCCGCGGCGAGACCUUCGUGCCCACGCCCUACGACGAGACGGCCGUCGACGCCGUCGUCGUGACGGCGGUCUCGGCGCCGGCGGGGCCGCCGCUCAAGGCGCUGGAGGGCAUGGGCAAGAAGGAGCUGGGCGCGGAGCUCGACGGCGCGGGCGUGCCGAGCAAGGGCCGGGCCGUCAAGAACACCGCGAUCGAGAUCCUCCGCGACCUCGUGCGCCGCCUCCGCGCCGGCGAGCCCGCGGCGUCGCUCAAGGCCACGCUCGUCGCGGACGGCGCCAAGAAGGUCAAGUUCGACUACUGCAAGAAGGGCAACGCCAACGGCACGGACUACCUCAUCGAGCGCUUCCGCGGCCUCGCGGAGACGGACCCGCUCCGCCUCGAGUUCGACGAGCUCGCGCGCCGCGACGUCGCCGCGGCGGCGGCCGACGAGCUGCCCGUGGACCGGCUCCAGCGCGUGCCCGACCCCGGCCUCGUGAACCUGCCGACGAUCUGGCCGCGCAUGCGGUUCCCCGUCCGCGUCGCGACUUUGGGGCUCGAGCGACCAAGGCUCUUUCCCGCGUCCAGGUACGCGCAGCCGGAGUGCGGCGUGCGCUACCCCUACGGCUCCAAGCUCGGCCUCUUCAAGGGCCGCGUCGGCGGCGGCGCCCGAUGCAUGUGCUACCGCGUCAUCCGCGACGCGAAGCGGCGCAUCGCGAACCACCUGCCGCGGGCCGAGGACGACCAGUGCCCCGCGUACUACGGUGUCGACUACCGGGAGUCGCGCGGCGCGCGCACGUGCCAGUUCACGGUCCACGAGGGCACGAAGACCCUGGCGCAGAAGAGCGCCCCGGCGGACCCGCGCUUCGAGGCCUUCGGCUCCGGCGGAGGCGGCAACACCCGCGGCAACGUCCUGAGCCACCCGACGGCCGUCGCCGUCUACCGGCGCGAUCUCGGCGUCCACGCGCCGCCCCGCGCCCUCACCGCCCCUCGCAGCGAGCGCCUCGAGCGCAAGAACCGCAUCGCCGGCGGCGCGGCCGCGGCGUCCGGACCCGUCGUCGACGAGGCGCUCCGGUCGCUGGAGAACGCCUUCUCCGAGUUCAUGCCGGAACGCUUCUACGGCAUCCGCGGUCACGAGACCGCCUACAGCUGCCCCGAGGGCAAGUUCCAGGCGCUCGCCUCCAUCCCGGGCGCGCGCGGCGGCGGCAACCGCGACGACGCGAUCACCUUCGGCCUCUACGACUCCAAGGUCGAGGCCGCGGCGCACUUCAACAUCGGCACGACAGUCAUCGGCCAGAUCGUCGGCGAGCGGCUCCGCUGGCUCAACGACCCGAUGGACCCGGGCGCGACCGCGGCGUCUCAGAUCGCCGCGGUCAAGGCCUCCUGCUCCGGCGUCUCCCAUCGACGUCUCCGCGACGUCGCCCGUGUCGUCGUCGCGCGCAUCGAGGAGGUCAACGUCGCGCGCGCCGAGGCCGAGAAGCCGCUGCCGCCGCUCCACGUCGCGGGCACGUCGCGGCGUCGAGGCCUCGAGCGCUACAAGGCCGACUUCGCGCUCCAGCUCAAGGAUUUGGCGUACGUCGAGGCCGCGGACGAGGCCUACCUGCGCGACCAGGCCGCGGCGUUGGCGCCGCCCGAGCCCAUGCCCGACGGCUCCCGGCCGCCGAUCGACGCGCACUCGCGGCGCGUCGCGCGCGCGGGCCUCGCGAACACGUUCGAGCGCAUGAUCGAGCGCCGCCGCGACCGCGCCGCGCGCGAGCGCGAGGAGGCCCAGGCGCGACGCCGCACCGCCGCGUCCACGGCCGCCGUCGCGAACUUCUACCGCGACCCGUGCGGCCUCCUCGAGCCGCGGGCGCUCGCGCCGCCCGGCCAGCCGCGCCGCGUCGCCAAGCUCUACGUCGUGCCCAACUGCGAGCUCGUCACGCCGCCGCCGCCGCCGAUCUACCACGUCACGGAGAACGGCGAGCGGCUCCUCGUGCUCUACGCGACGCGCGUCCAGCGGCCGCUGAUCCCCGCGAUCCAGCAGGUGCACAAGCAGCGCGCGGAGUUCCUCUCGCUCUUCGACGAGUCGGAGGUCGAGAUGGCCGCGGCCAUGUUCGACUCGCGGCCCGAGGAGAUCGCCCGGCCGCUGCUCUUCGAGUCCGAGGAGGACGCGGAGCGCCGCGCCGAGCCGGCCGCGCCGAAGCGCAAGCGCAAGUCGCGCAAGAAGAAGCGCAAGGCCGCCGCCGCCGCCGCCGCCGCCGCCGCGGAGCGGGGCGACGAGGCGGCGCCCGCGGCCGACGGCGCCGCGGAGCCCGCGGCCGCGCCCGAGGCGCCCGCCGAGGCGCCCGCCGAGGCGCCGCCGACGGCGCCGCCCGUCGAGGCGCCCGCCGAGGCGCCGCCGCCGGCCGCCGCGCCGGCCAAGAAGAAGAAGAAGAAGCGGGCGCGCCGCCGCGGCCCCGCGCCGCCCGCCGAGAUCUCCGAGUACGAGCGCACGCGCAUGCGCAACAUCGCGGCCGGCAACAAGAAGCUCUACUCGCUCGGCCUCAUCCACCCGCCGCCGGAGGUCGUCGCCGACCCCGAGCACUCGUGGUGGUCCGAGCGCGCGAGGACCCGCGUCUUUUUUGUUUCGCGCCUUCGACGCGCGCUCCCGCAGGCCCAGUCGUGA